AUGGCGACAGACCCCAAAAAGCAGGACGAUCUUCUUCGCCGUCCUCUUUACGUCUAUGACCUCCCUCCAGAGGUCUUGGUCACACUGAAGAUCAAGCUAGACAGCGAGGCGCAGGAACAGCCAGACCUAGACACACCCUCAGAAUCUGUCUCUGAUCCGUCGCAAACACCGUCCGAGACCACAGUCGGAUCGCCAGCCUGCUCAUUAUGCGGUCUCACAUUCGCCACUGUACUUGACCAACGAGGCCACCAGAAAUCGGACCUGCAUACCUACAACCUGAAGCAGAAGCUGAGGGGGCAGAAGCCCGUGUCCGAGGUGGAGUUUGAGAAGUUGGUUGGCGACUUGGACGAGAGUCUGUCUGGGUCCGACUCGGAAGACUCUGAGGAUGAAGAGGACGAUUCCAAGAAGGAUUCGACGUUGACGGCACUUCUGAAGAAGCAGGCCACCCUCGCAGAGAAGCGCACCGGGGAUGAUGGCGACGAUGGAGAGCAAUGGGGCAGAGGCAAGAGGAAAGGCACGGGAAAGCCGCCAAUGAUGUGGUUCUCUUCUCCCGUUUUGCCAGAGAACAACUAUUUCGGAAUAUACAGAGCCUUGUUUACAAGCGAGGAGCUCGAGAAGGAGGACAGCAUAUCAGAGGCCGUCAAGAAGCGCCAACUACAACCAUUGGCAGCCCCAAAGCCCAGCAAGGACGGGUCACAGCCGCCGCCCACCUACAAGGGCCCGCACAUCUUCCUGUGUAUGAUCGGAGGCGGCCACUUUGCCGCGAUGGUAGUCGCGCUUUCUCCCCGGCAGACAAAGUCUGGGGCCGGGCCGAUGAACCGCGAAGCUACAGUCCUGGCGCACAAGACGUUCCACAGGUACACCACGCGAAGGAAACAAGGUGGUUCGCAAUCAGCCAACGACAACGCCAAGGGCGCCGCCCACUCGGCAGGUUCAAGCCUGCGUCGGUACAACGAGCAGGCACUGGUCGACGACGUGCGGCAGCUCCUGACGGACUGGAAAGGUCUUCUGGAUACUGCCGACCUGCUCUUCAUCCGGGCCACCGGGGUUACAAACCGGCGAACGCUCUACGGCCCGUACGAUGGGCAAGUUCUACGGGCGAACGACCCGCGGAUACGCGGGUUCCCCUUCAGCACGCGGCGGGCAACACAGAACGAGCUGAUGCGCUCCUUCAUCGAGCUGACCCGGCUCAAGGUGAGGGAGCUAUUACCGGUCGACCCAAACGCCGCCACGGAAGCCGCCACAAAGCCGCAGGCAAGCAAGCCGUCCAAGCCGGCUCCCCCGAAGCUCACCGAGGAGGAGGAGACAGCCCUGCUCCACACGCAGCAGACACAGGCCCUCAUCCGCCGCUCGAAACUCCCCGCCCUACUCUCGUAUAUCAAGACCAACUCCCUCGAGGCCAACUUCCGCUUCCAGCCCGCCGACGUGAACCACCACGCCCCGACGCCGCUGCACCUGGCGGCGGCACAGAACGCAGCCGCCCUGAUCGCGGGCCUGCUGACCCGCGGCGGCGCGGACCCUACACUACCAAACGGCGAGGGCAAGACGCCCUUUGAGCUCGCGGGCGACCGCGCGACGCGGGAUGCGUUUCGCGUGGCCCGGCACGAGCUGGGCGAGGGCGCGUGGGACUGGGAUGCCGCGAAGGUCCCGCCGGGAAUGAAGAAGGAGGAGGCAGAUCAGCGAGGGGAGCGCGAGCGGAAGGAGGCAGAGCGCAAGGAAACCGAAAGGAGGAAGGCCGAAGAGGAGAGGCUGAAGACACAGGGACCUAAGGUCGUCGACAGCGCGAGACGGAAGGCCGGCGGUGUGCUGGGAGGCAGCGUCGAGAAGAGCGCCGAGGAGAAGAGGCAGGAGGAAGCCAGGGGGUUGACCCCGGAGCAGAGGAUGAGGUUGGAGCGGGAGAGGAGGGCCAGGGCGGCGGAGGAGAGACUACGGAGGAUGCAAGCUGGUGGUUGA